GAAUCCGCUAUCUUUGCAAGGACGAUUCAUUUUAGCGAAUCGGUUCGUUCAGAUGACUCGUUUCAGUGAACUGGCAUUCUCGGAUUGUUUUGAUCACAAAAAGAGUUCCUAGAGGUCUGUUUUGCGUUUCACUGCUGUUGUAAAAAUUUACCCCGUAACAAAGCGGGGAGUUAGAUGUGUCAAAUGCUUUGUCGUUGUUAUUAUCGUGCUAAUUUCAGUGCCUAAAACAUUAACAGCAAAUGUCCCUCUUGCAAAAUCGAUCUUGAACUCGUGCAAACAGGUGUUUCAUUAGCCACCGCGAUCCAAAUCAUGGAUAACAGUGAUUGUGUGGAUUAUUUUAGAAGCACGGGCGCAGUUAUUUUAUCUAUAAUGCCAUUACGACUUGCUCUUGAUAUCGUAAACCAUCACGCGCCUCCCAAAGACCGUGAAGCACAAACGCUGCGAAUCGGUUCGAGUGAGUCGAUUCAAAAGAACCGCUCGCUCGCGAUUCAGACGCCACUACAACGGCGCGAUCGAACCCCUCCCAGUUACUCCCGUGGCUUUUGCCACGAACAUCAGGCAACAAUCUCCAAAUAUGUGAGAGCUCACGUGAAAUAACGAGCGAGAGCGUCACGUCGUAUGUCUGAGUGAUUCCCCGAGGAUGUGAGAGUCACGGAUGCGGCGAUCGGUGAGCGUUUCUGUCGCAGGCUCAAACAGACGAUGAGAGCUGACGAGGCCCGCGGCUCUCUGGGGCUCCCGUGAACGGCCCGGGCGUCGAGUAUGUUGACUGCCUGUCAGCAUGACGCCGUUGGACCUGUGGCUUUCCCGCUCCAUCCCCAUGUGUCUGCUGCUGCAGAGCCUGGUGCUCAUGGUCCUGUGCUUUCCGUCCGCCAGCACCUGUCCCAAGGGUUGCACCUGCCAGCGCUCAGAAAGCCCUCCGCACGGCCUCAACGUCACCUGUAGUCUGUCACGCUUGAAAGAGAUCCCGCCCGACGUCCCGCCGGACACCCAGCUGCUGCAGCUGGACCGCAACCACAUAUCCCUGGUGCCCGAUCGCAUAUUUCACGGCUUGAGGAUGCUUCGGAGGCUCAACCUCUCCCACAACGCCGUGGAAACGCUCGGCGAGGGGGCGUUCGUCGGGCUGGAGGGCUCCCUGGAAGUGCUGGACCUUUCCCACAAUCGCAUCACCAGCGUGCACAAGGACGCGUUCGCGCGGCUGAAGGCGCGCGUGAUGGUGGACAACAACCCUUGGCAUUGCGACUGCGCCCUGCAGCAGGCGCUGGGCGGCAUGGCCCACAACCACGAGGCCGCCACGCGCGUGCUGUGCCGCAGUUCGGAGCUGAGGGACCAGGAGGGCCAGCCGUUCCUGGCCGUGGACGCGGACUUGUGCAACCUGGCCAAGCGGACCACCGACUACGCCAUGUUGGUGACCAUGUUCGGCUGGUUCGCGAUGGUUAUCUCUUACGUUGUGUACUAUGUACGGCAGAACCAGGAGGACGCGAGACGACACCUAGAGUACCUGAAAUCGCUUCCCAGCAAGCCCAAGAAACCGGACGAGCCGGAGGACAUCAGCACGGUCGUGUGACGCCACGGAGAUCGCACGAUCCCAGAGACUAAAGGCCCGUUCACGUCAAGGACGAUAACUGUAACUAUAACCAUAACCACAGCUACAGCGAUAAACGUAUCGCGAUUAAUCGCAUCUGAAAUACAUUUUUUGUUCGUAUGAGUAUACACACACCUAUUAUAUAAGUUAAGGAAAACGUGUUAUGUUUAUAUCAGUGCUUUCGAAUGAUUCAUCCAAAAUGAUUUUUUUUGGUUUACGUGAUACAUGCAUGUACACUGUGUAUGUUACAAACACAUGCAUGUAUAGUUUUAAGAAUUUUUUUUGUUUAUAUAUUAAAUAUAUAAUGAAAAUAUAUAAAUGUAUACAUGUAA